AUGGGGUUCCCAUUACUGUUCGCUUUGGAAAAAAGAAAAAGUUGCCUAGUUGCUGAAAGGGUUGGAUUCGAGGGCCGUUGGGACUGGUACAGGAGACCCAGAAGUGAAGCUGAAAUUAAGGAAUGGAGAAGGUUAUGUAGACUUUUGGAUGAAGUUUCUUUAAACUCAAAUACGGAUAGCUGGAAGUGGAGGGGUGACGAGAAACAUGGGUUCUCAGUCAAAGGCAUGGGAAAGCUUUUGAUCAAGGAAAAGGAUUUUAGUGAUAGAUUCAUCUUUAAAUGGGUUAGAUGGGUUCCGAAAAAGUGUAAUAUCUUUGUGUGGAGAGCGGUAAUGGAUAGAGUCCCUACCAUGGUUUCACUCCAGGCUCGUAACUGUUUUACGGGGGAUGUGAAUUGUGGGAUGUGUAACAUGGGGCCGGAAAGUAUUGAUCAUUUGUUAUGUCAUUGCCAUAUCGCCAUUGAGGUAUGGAACGCGGUGAGCUCUUGGUGUCACACAGCACCAAUUUUCUUCUUCGAUGUAAAAGAUAUUGUGGAUAUACACAAACAUGUUGGUGCAGGGAGAGAGAAAAGGAAGAUCUUGAAAGGCAUUGUUUGGACGACGUGUUGGUGUAUUUGGAAAGCUAGGAACGAUAGAAGAUUCAAUGAGAUUGAGACCAACCCGGUGGAGAUUAUUCACAACAUCAAAAGUCUUGGUUUUUUAUGGUUUAAGAAUCGCUUGUGUUUUGCAAGGACAUUGUGA